AUGGAAAGUAGCGUAUUUCAGUCCAUUCUCAUUUUGCUUGACCACUUCGUCAUUGCCACCAUUGGCCUUGUUACCCUUGCCGCUGCCGACAACGCUCCCCGUUAUGAGCCCAGAUACCAGCCUAGCUACAAACCCAGCUACGAGCCCAGCUAUAAGCAGCCUUCCUACAAGGAAGAGCCUGCUUCCUACCAAUACAACUAUGAGGUCAAGGAUGAAUAUGCCGGUUUGAACUUUGAUGCCAAUGAGGCUCGUGAGGGGAGAGAGCCCAAGUACGAGUCCUACAAACCCAAGUAUGAGCCCAAGUACCAACCCUACAAGCCCACCUACAAGCCCGCCUACAAGCCCGCUUAUCCCCAGCCUUCUUAUGAAUAA